AUGGACAAGAACAUUCAGCAAGAUGGGCUGGUGGACUGUGUGGAGAACGUCGACGUCGACAAAAUUGGUGACCCAAAUUUGCUUCCAGAGCGGGCUUGGACCAAAGAAGAAGAGCGGCAAGCCCUAAGGAAACUGGACUGGGUGCUCAUUCCUCUGCUUGGAUCCUUAUAUCUCUGCUCCUAUAUGGACAGAGGCAAUAUUGGCAAUGCGUACACAGCUGGUAUGGGUAAAGCCUGGGGGAUCACCUCCUCUCAAUACUCGAUGGUGGUGACUGUCUACUAUAUCGCUUAUAUUUGCUUUCAUUGGCUAAUUCUGGCCUGGAAGGUAGUUCCGCUACCGUUAUGGGCAGCUUGCAUGGCGUUUGGCUGGGGUACUCUGGACAUGAUUCAAGCUGCCACCACUAGCUAUGCCGGCCUGCUCGUGUGCCGCAUUCUGGUGGGCAUUUUCGAGGCCGGGUUUGUUCCCGCUAUCGCUCUAUAUAUGAGCUUCUUUUACCAUCGGCACGAGAUGGGGUUGCGCUACGGUUUGUUCAUGGCUUGCUCGCCUCUGGCUAAUGCCCUAGCGUCGGCCAUCGCGUACGGGGUUGUUACCAGCCACGAAGGUAUAGAACACUGGCAGUUGCUUUUCAUCAUCGAGGGAAUACCUACCUUGAUUCUUGCCGUUGUCGCCUACUUCUACCUUCCAAAUGGUCCUUUCGAGAGUCCGUUCCUCUCCGAGCAACAAAACCUAAUUAUUGGCCAGCGGGCAAUCCUCGGCCGGGGUCGAGACCAAGAGAAGAAAGUCAACUUCAAGCAAGCCUUCGCGGCUUUCAAGGAUUACAAGAACUACUUCCAGGCGGGGAUUAUCUUCUGCCUCAACACCGCGUUUGGCUCCCUCCCAGCCUACCUCCCCACAAUCCUAUCCCACAUGGGAUACACCAAGACGCAAGCCGAGGGCUUCUCCGCCAUCCCUUACUUCGCAUCCCUGGUCUGCUGCAUCGGCGCCAGUCUUCUCUCCGACCAUGUCCGCCAACGCGCCAUCUUUAUCUCCUUUUUCGCUUCCCUGGGCGGCGCCGGCUACAUCAUCCUGGCACUGGUCGCGACAAACGCGGUGCGCUUCUUCGCCACCUUCCUGAUCUGCGCAGGCGUCUUUCCAGCCGUCUCGCUCACCUUCACUUGGGUAACCGACAACCAGGGCUCUUCCUCCAAGCGCGGCGUCGGUCUGGCCAUCUUCGGCAUGAUCGGCCAGUGCGGUCCCCUGCUGGGCGCUCGUCUGUUUCCCUCGCAGGACUCGCCUAUGUUCUCCAAGGGCAUGUGGAUCUGCGCCGGCGUACUCUUCGGCGCCUGUAGCCUCGCUCUCAUCCUGCGCCUGUUGCUUUCUCGCGAAAACACCCGCCGCGACCGCCAGCAUGGUUCCUGUGACCCUAACUACACCCCUCCGGAUAUUGCGGAGAAGGGUGAUGAGCAUCCCAUGUUCCGCUUCGUUUUAUAA